GAAAUAGUGGGCAUGCGCCAACAUGAUUCAAAUUCGGAAAGUUGCUGACAUACCUCUUUUCUUUAUCAUGGUCCAACCAUUUUAUCUGAAGCCGCGCUCUUUACUCAAUUCACGGACUUACAUUUAGUCCGUGAGAUCGUGACUGAAUUCGCAUUUCGCCGAUUCAUACCAUAGAUAACAUAAUAUUCGUUAAAUAAGAUAACAUUCGUUUGAGUCUUGAGAGCAUGAGAAUCAGAAUUUUGAUUCUUGAAUCGUUUGAGCAAUUUACUGGUGACAACCUCUGUCUUUUACUAAUCGAUUGUGAUUAAACACAUCGUAGAUUUGUAAGUUAUUUCUCUGGAAAAUUGUUGAGUAAAAAUGUCUACAUUAGAAUCAAUAUCAAUUCAAGGUAUAAGAAGUUAUCAUCCAGAUGAAAAACAAACUUUAACAUUUCAUAAACCCCUAACAUUGAUUUUGGGGCAAAAUGGUUGUGGAAAAACUACUAUAAUUGAGUGUCUAAAAUAUAUUACAUGUUCAGAUCUACCGAGAAAUGCAAAUAAAGGAGGUUUUGUUUGGGAUCCUAAACUAUCAGAUCAUCAUACUGUCAAAGGCAAUGUAAAACUAUCAUUUCACGAUACUAAAGAUACUCGUGUAGUGGUUUCAAAAACUUUGGAAUCAACUCAAAAGUUAACAACUGUGUCUACAAAAUCGCUCGAUCAAACAAUUUCUAGAAAAGGUCAGAGUACUUCACACAAAUGUGCUGAUCUUGAUGAUGUCAUGUGUACUUAUUUAGGUGUUUCAAAAUCAAUUUUAAAAGAUGUUGUUUUUUGUCAUCAAGAAGAUUCUAAUUGGCCUUUAGAUGAAGAUAAAAAGGUAAAAGAAAAAUUUGAUUCAAUAUUUGAUGUUGGAAAAUAUGACAAAUGUAUUAAACAAAUUCAAAUAGAAAUAAAGGCUACUCACGGAGAUAAAAGGGCAUGCAACAAUAAUAUUCAACAUUUAUGGAAAUAUCGAGAAGAAGCACGUAACAAAAGAGCUACCCUUGAAAAUAAAAAAUGUAGUUUCGAUGAACUGCAGCAAAAACUCAAUAGUAUUGACAAAGAAAUAAUUCCAUUAGAAAAAAGAUACAAAGAAAUUAUGAAUAAAGAAGAACAUUUUUUUUCUCUAAAAAAUAAAUUAUUAACUUCUGAAGGAAAUCUGAACUCUAUUAGAUUAGCUAUAAAGGAUUUGAAAUUAUUGAUUAAGCUAGAGUUUAAAGGAAAUGACUCCGAUCUUGAUGAAGCACUAGAAAAUUUUAAUAAUAAUUUGGUCCAAAAAGAAAAAGAUAAAUAUAAAUUAAGUUGUCAAAAAAAUGAUGCAAUUACUAAUGAAAAUAAAAUUCAAGAAAAUAUAAGCAAAGAACAAGUAAAUUUAGGAAGAUAUCAAAGUGAAGAAAAACAAAACCUGAACAAUAUAAAUAAACAAAAUGCAAAAAUAAUUGAAUUAGGAAAUGAAAUGCAGAUUAAUUUGCCAGACUUAACUGAGUUCAAUCGUGGUCAGGUGAUAAGUAAUCUUUCAACUAACCUAAAUUCUAUGAACGAUAAAUUAGAAUCUACACAAAAAGAACACAGAGAAAUUGAAAAUAAGUUGCAAUCAAAUAUUGAUUCAAUAAGGGUAGAAAAGGCUAAGUUAGAUCAAGAAAUUAAAAUCAAAGAAAAACAAAUUUUGGAAAAUACUUCUGAAAUUCAAAAAUUUAAAAAAGAUAUUGAUCAAGUAAGACAUUCUGCCGAAAAGUUAUCAGCUCUACAAAAAUUAAAAGUUGAUAUUGAAACAAAAUUAAAUAUUCUCAGGGGAUCUUUAAAUGUUGAUGAUGUUAAAACAGAAAUAAAUAAGAAAAAGAAUGAAAAAUAUGAACAAAAUAUAAAACUAGAAGAUAUAGAAAAAGAAGUACAAAAGUUGCAGUUAUUAAGUAUUGCACAAGCAGAACUUGACACUGUCAUAUUAAACAAAACUGGAAUCGAUAAUAAACUUAAAAUACUUAAAAACAAAGUGAGUGAUGUGUUAAAAGAUCUACUUGGAUUUAUACCACAGGAAAAUCUCAAAUUUGAGUUUACAUCAUUUUUAGAUAAAUUAUCUGAUACAAUCAGAUGCAAUCGAAAAAGUAUAGCUGAAAAACAGAAACAGUUAACUACACUAGAAGCCAAUUAUAACCACACAAAAGAAAAAUUGCGUACAAAACAAAUAGAUCUUUCCAAUGAUGAUAAUGCUUUAAGUGAUAUGUGUCAAGAUCAAGAAUAUGAAACAAUAUUAAAAGAAGUCAAUGAAAAAGUGGAAGAAUUGCAAGCUCAAAAAGGUUCUGUGUCAACAUCUGGUCAUCUUUUUAGGCGAUACAUAAAAAAUUUGGAAGCUCAGGAUCCUAGCUGUCCGUUAUGUCACCGAUGCUUUGGUUCUGUUGAUGAAGUGACUGAAUUGAUUAAUGAUUUAAAUAUGAGAGUCCACAAAAUUCCAAGUGAAUUGGAGACAACAAUUGCACAGUUGGAAACGCUUUUAGAAAAGCAAUCAAAACUUCAACAAUUAAGACCUACUUACACUCGAAUAUCAGUUUUGAAACAAACAGAAAUACCUAAUCUCAAAGAUGAACUUGAACGUAUAAGUAAUAAUUUAAGAAAAUGUCGUGAUGAACUAACUAAAUUAUCAGAUGAAAAUGGAAAACUAGAAACUAACGAAACAAGUGCAAAAAAUAUCCAAUCUGAUAUAAUAAUGAUUGAUAGUUUUGAUAACGAUGUUAAACGAUAUUCAAAAGAAGAGCAGCGUUUAACAAGAAAAAUGAUUGAAUCUGGUUCCAUUAGAAAUCUUCAAGAAGCAAUUUCCGAAAAGAAUGCUUUAAAAAACACUAUAAAUGAAACUUGCAAUGUCUUAGAAAAAAAACAGUAUGAAUUAAACGAAUAUACUGAAACCUUACACAAAUUACAGACUCAACAAAAUAAAAUUAUUAGUGAUGAAUUAAAUAUAAAAAGUAAAAUGCAAGAUGAAAAGAGUGUAAUAGACAAAUUGAACGAUUUACAAAAUCUUGAAGCAACAAUAAGUUUAGAAUUGGAUAGUGCCAGAGAAACAUUAGGACCAAUACGAGAAAAGUUGGAUACAUGUAUUAAUACUUUUGAACAAACAAAAAAACUACAAAGCAGAAAAAUUGAAAAUAAUAGAAAAGAAAUAAUUAUUCUUGAAAAAAAAAUUCAAGAAAUAAAUAACUUACAGUCUUCAAUUGAUAAUUAUGAAAAAAAAGAAUGGACCCUGCGCAUUAAGGAAACAAAUAAUUUAUUGAAUAAUUUCAAUAAAGAAAAAAUGAAUUUCAUUGAAGAACAGAAAAACAUACAAAAACAAAUUGAUUCUAUUAAUGAAUAUAAUGCCAAUCAAGAGGUUAAAAAAAUAGACUUAGAAAACAAUAAAAAAUUAAGGCAAAAAUCAAAAGAAGAAAUUGAAUGUUUAUCUGAAAUAAACAAAUUUCAUGAAGAUGUUGGAACUAUGGAUGUAAACAGUUUGUUAAGUGAAAAAUCGACCAACAGAAAACAAUGUCAAGCUUUGGUUGAGGAGAAAAAUAAAUCUCUUGGUAGAAAACAUGAGCUGGAUAAUAUCAUUAAGCAUAUUACAGAAGAGUUGACAGCUAUUCAUUUCAAAAAUGCCGAAGACAUAUAUUUACAUGAAAAAGUGCAGUUAGAAAUAUUAAAUCGCGUUGAAAAAGAUCUGACAAAGUACAACAAAGCUCUUGAAUGGGCAAUGAAUAGGUUUCACAAAGAACGAAUGCAAAGUAUUAAUACUAUUAUUAAAAAAUUAUGGAGAGAUAUUUAUACUGGAAACGACAUUGACUAUAUUCAAAUAAAAACAUCUUCUGAUGAUAAACCAAUACAAACUGAUACAAUUAAGAAAAGGGUCUUUAACUAUAGAGUUGUACAGAUAAAAAAUGAAGUUGAAUUGGAUAUGCGUGGAAGAUGCAGCGCAGGCCAAAAAGUUUUGGCAUGCCUAAUUGUAAGAAUGGCAUUAGCAGAAACUUUCAGUAAAAAUUGUGGUAUAUUAGCACUAGAUGAGCCUACAACAAAUUUAGAUGAAUCUAACAUUCAAAGCUUAGCUGAAUCAUUAUCUGAAAUUAUAACACGUCGCAGCUCUCAAAAAUCAUUUCAAUUACUCAUCAUUACUCAUGAUCCAAAUUUUUUACGUAAAUUAUCUGCCAGAGAUAUGGUUGAUACAUAUUAUGAAGUGAAAAGAAGUAAUGAGGGAAUGUCCAUUGUGUGUGAACAAGAUAUAAAAUUUUUACCCUAAAUAGAUAAGAUAAUUAUAUUUAAGAAAACUGAUAUUUAUUAUGUUUUACUUUUUACUAUCAAUACUUUUUUUUUUAAUAAUUAAACACUAAUUUUUAGUCAUUAUAAUUUAUUUAUAGGUAUUAAAUUUUUAUAAUGAUAUUGAAUUAUUCCAUUAACUGUGUAUGAUAAUAUAAAAUAUAGUUCCACCAUUUCAUACACAUUAUGUUGUUAAGCUUUGCUUUUUUUUUUUUGUCUCAUUAGUGUAAACCUUGAACAGCGUCUUCUGUGCAUGGCAUCGAGCAAUGACCUAACAUGUGCUGGGUACCACACUCUCGGGCAUUGGCGUAAAUUGGGUGGUGCAAAAAGGUCUUUAGAGCCCCUUGUAUUUUUAGUUCUACGUGUAACUAUUAUUAUUAUAAUAAAAUAUCAUCAAUUUUAUGUUUUUAAAUUAUAAAAUAUUUAUUUAAAAUAAAUUUAUACAUUUUGGUCAUAAUAAUGACUUAAGUCAUAAUAUAAAAUAUUAAUUUGUUAUAACUCAUAACGAAAAUACACGGCUCUGUGAGGCAUUUAAAAUUAUAGCACCCCACGUUUUAAAUGUCUAGUUGCGCCUAUGCUCUCUGGAGCGAAUAUAACGGAUGUGUUGAAUUAGAAUUCAAUGAUACAUCAUUAAUUAUAUUUUAUGAUAUAAUUUUUGAAAUUGCUAUUAAAGUAAUUUAUUUCACUGUUAUAAAAAAAUAAAAUAAAAAACUCAUAGUAUUGUGAUUUGUGGUUGAUUACAUUUGUGCAGAGAACAUUGUAUUUAUUAUAUUACUAAUUAAUUAUUAUAAUAGUGUAUUAAUUAGGUAUAUCAAUAUCAUUAUAAUGUUAUUAUUGUUAUUAAGAGGAUGCUAUACUCGCUUGCGUUGUCUUUGUCUUACAAAUGUACAACAUAGCGAAAAACUGUUUGGCGCGGGAUAGAACCACUCCCUCGGGUAUUUAUAGUAGAAUUACCAAAAUUCCACAACCCAUAGGGAACUACUUUAUCUGUGUCGUAGCGUUAUUAUUAUUUGGAUAACAUAAAUAAAAUUAAAGUUAUCAGUUUGAGAAAAUUAGGAUCUUUUUUGUUUUUUUUCAUUUAAUUAUUAAAAAUUAGCGAUGCUAUAAAAAAAAAUAAAAACGCCACGACAGAUAAAGUUAUUCCCUAUGCGUUGGGGAAUUUUGGUAAUUCUACUAUAAACACCGAGGGAGUGGUUCUAUCCCGUGCAAAACAGUUUUUUUUACUAUCUUGUACAUUUGUAAGACGGAGACAACACAUGCGGGUAUAGCGUUCUCUUAAUAACAAAAAUAACAUUAUAAUGAUGUACCUAGUUAUAGAUGUAUAGUUAAUACUGUAAUAGCUUAAAAUUAAUCCAAAAUUCAAAUAUUUAGAAAAUGUCAUUGCGUAUACUAUAGUUUUAAAUCCCCACGAAAAAUAUUUUUGAUUUAACAAUUUUGAUAACAAAAAUUAUUAUUAUCCUUUGAUUAAAUAUCUAGCUCGUCCAAAUUUUACUUUCAAAUGUUUAUAAUUAAAAAUUAUGCAUGUAUAUUUUUUUAUAAUUUUUGAUUUCAAUAUAACCUAUUGUAUUAAAUUUUCAUAAAUAAAAUAAUUUGCAAGUUUGCCUUCGUUAUUUUGUCAAAAAU